AUGCUCGACCAGGACGAUGAAUGGGCGAUGAAAAUCUAUCGGGUUAGAGGAAUGGUCGACCGGGUCCGAGAAUUCGUCGACCAGGACGAGGAGUGGUCGAGGAUUUGUCGACCAGGAGUUGAAAUCGUCGACCGGGUCCGAGAAUUCGUCGACCAGGACGGCGGAACCCUCGACCAGGACGAUGAAUGGGCGAUGAAAAUCUAUCGGGUUCGAGGAAUGGUCGACCAGAAGUUGGAAUCGUCGACCGGGUCCGAGACUUCAUCGACCGGGUCCGAGGAUUCGUCGACCAGGACGGCCGGAUGGGGGUGGGUGUUGAGGGAGUCUGGGCAGUCCGUGGGAACCCCCUUUUUCGGUUCGGACUUGGGUAGCGAUCGAGGGAUGGUAUCGGAUAUCGACACGAGGAAUGACCGACCGUCCGGCCGCCGGGAUUUUCGCCGGAAAACUUUUUCGGCGACUUUUCCGGCGAUCGGUUUUGUUGCCUUUUUCCGAGUUUUCUCAGCAGUUCUCGGACAAAAACUGAUGAAUCGUCGAGGAGAAUGAGCUUGCCUUGCGUGGGCUGCCAUUAGUUCUUCGAGGCGUUAGGGUGGCGGCGGUAUAAAAGUGUCGGAGUUUUUUCAGCAGUUCUCGGACAAAAAUUGCUGAGUGGCCGAGAAGAAUGGGCGUGUCAUGCGUGGGCUGACAUGGAUUCUUCGAGGCCUAGGGGUGGCGGUAUAUAACUUGUUCGCAUGAUAUUACCGAGAUGUCCCCACGGGCAUCUUUUCACCUCGUCGCCGAAGAGAAUGGGCGUGUCAUGCAUGGGCUGACAUGGAUUCUCCUAGGCCGUUUGGGUGGCGGUAUAGUCGUCCUGCGCACGAAAUACCGAGAUGUCCCCAUGGGCAUCGAUUCCACCCGCCUAGGUUGGAUGGGCGUGCUUCGUUGGAAAGCAUGGAUCCGCCUAGGCUGUCCCGAGUGUGAGCGAGGUGUGAGUGUCGCCCAUGGGCAUCGACACCUUGCGGCUAGGAACUGGAACGAGAUGGGUGGCGAAGAUUUCGAGUAGCACUUCAUACUACCGUCGGUUUUUUAAACCUUCCGAGUUUUGUUGAUGUUAUUCCGAGAAUUAGCAAACCGUAACGAAGAUGUUCUUGGCAACCAUCUUUUGAUGGGAGUCCGGCUGUUCGAUAGCCGGCCAAGGGUGAUGAACGAAAUGUGAACCCUUGUCUCGCCUAGGUUGGAUGGGCGUGCUUCGUUGGAAAGCAUGGAUCCGCCUAGGCUGUCCCGAGUGUGAGCGAGGUGUGAGUGUCGCCCAUGGGCAUCGACACCUUGCGGCUAGGAACUGGAACGAGACGGGUAGCAAAGAUUUCGAGUAGCACUUCAUACUACCGUGGGUUUUUUAAACCUUCCGAGUUUUGUUGAUGUGUUUCCGAGAAUUAGCAAACCGUAACGAAGAUGUUCUUGGCAACCAUCUUUUGAUGGGAGUCCGGCUGUUCGAAAGCCGGCCAAGGGUGAUGAACGAAAUGUGAACCCUUGUCUCGCCUAGGUUGGAUGGGCGUGCUUCGUUGGAAAGCAUGGAUCCGCCUAGGCUGUCCCGAAGGUAUCUCGCGCUUGUACGGCUUUGGCUUGGAU